AUGGUCGCCAAGGACAAAACCGUCAUCAAGAACAAGAAGUCUAGCAAUGCCGCCGACGAGGUCCACUACCGCGGCGUCCGCAAGCGCCCCUGGGGCCGCUACGCCGCCGAGAUCCGCGACCCUGGAAAGAAAUCCCGCGUCUGGCUUGGCACCUUCGACACAGCCGAGGAAGCCGCUAAAGCAUACGAUGCCGCCGCCCGCAACUUCCGCGGCCCUAAAGCCAAAACCAACUUUCCCCCUCUCCCCGACACCACCACCACCACCAAUAACCUUAAACUUAACCUUAACAACAACAAUAACAACCUUAACUCCCACAAAAACAACGGUAGCAGCAGCAGCAGCCCCAGCCAGAGCAGCACCGUCGAGUCCGCCACCCCGGAGCGUGACGUCACGCGCCGCGCCGCUCCCGCCGUCAUCGACCGCUUUCCCUUCCUCCCGAUCCAGCAGCAGCUCCUCGUUACCCCGGUCACUCCCAUGCGCCCGGUUUUCCUCCUCGACCGGGCCCAUUACCUCACCCACCAAUUCCCCUUUCGGUUCGAACCGGCCCCGGUUCAGAGCGACUCCGACUCCUCAUCCGUCGUUGAUUGUCAACCCAAAAGAGAACUCAAUCUCGAUCUUAACUUGGCUCCGCCUAUGGAUUAUUAA